UUUUCUUCCUAGUUUUCCUUCUUUUCCUUAUCAUCUGUGGUAAUAGGGCUGUCUUGUCUAUAAUCAUAUGAUUUCUCGAGUCUUUACAUCGGUUCUCGUGUUUUCGUUCCACUUACUAUUGUUCAUCUCACAGCUCUCACUCUAUGUGCGGCGUUUUCAUCCCCAGAGCAUUGGCUCCAAUAUUUCAUUGCUAGCAUCUCAUCACCGUCGAUUUGGUUAUUUACGCCGGUUUGGAUUCUGGAGCCUGAUAGAUAUGGAUUGCUUCAUUCUCUUGGGUUAACUAACGGCUGUUGCGUUCAAAAAGGCCUGCGCCGUCUUGCCGCACGCACAUCACCCCUAUUUCGGCCGCUUGCUUUAUUACCGCCGCUGCUUGUCAUGCCAGGACGCCUCGUCUUGACCCUACUCCUCCUCCAGGCUAAGUGCCUUACCACGUUCCUCACAAGCCGCCAUGUCUUGGCUUCAGCUGCUAGCACAGCACGCACGCAGUACUGCCCGGUCUUCCACCCUACCGCCGAGGUGCCAACAAACUGCGAGCCAAAUCAACCAUGGGCCUUCGUCGAACUUCAGGUCCUUCCACCGACACAGCGCUCUACGAACGGCUCGGAAGUCGACCUGGAGGGCUUGAAAUAUGCGUUUGAAGCCCUCACCGUCAUGCAGACCGAGUUCUUUCGCGCAGACAGAGCAACCUGGCCAGAGGCCAUCGACUGGACUGCUGCCGUCCUCGGCACGACGCUUGCUGGCACCCUGACAUCGCUCUCCCGGGCCUUUGCCGUCCUCGACCUUGUCCGUAAGAACGAAGCCGAAUUUCAGGGGAACCUUGUCGAUCUCCUAUUCACCCAACUCGUGAGCUCAUAUCAUGGUCAAGAUGACUUUGCCAUCCGUCAUCAGGCCUAUGACGACAUGCUUUGGGUUGUCCUAGGAUGGCUGGAUGCCAUGAAAUUCGUCCGUUCCCAUUCAGACCUGCACUACCCCCCUCGGGAUCCCCAAAACAUCGUCCACCUAGAUCUCGCCGAGGCUCUCCGCAGCAGUCCGUGGCACGGUCACUUUUGGGCCCCCUCCUUCGCACACAGGAGCAGGUUGUUUUGGGAAUCAGCCUCCCAUGGCUGGGACGAGACUUUGUGCAAUGGCGGCAUGAUCUGGCACCCCUGGCUGAGGCCCUACAAAAACGCCGUCACCAACCAACUGUGGAUUGCCGCUUCCAUCUCCAUGUACCUCUGGUUCCCGGGGGAUAAUAACACGUCCCCCUGGGUUGACGGCCGAUUCAGCCCGGCGUCUUCGACAAGAGACCCGAAGUACCUGGCCGCCGCCAUCCAGGGCUACAAGUGGCUGGCGGACGUCAACAUGACCAACUCGGCCGGUUUGUUCGUCGACGGUUAUCACAUUGACCGCUUCAAAGAGGGCAACACAAGGUGCGAUAUCCGCAGCGAGAUGGUCUUCACAUACAACCAGGGCAUCAUCCUCACCGGCCAGCGCGGUCUAUGGACAGCUACCGGCAGCGCCUCUUACCUGGAAGACGGCCAUAGGUUGAUUCAGUCGGUCAUCAAAGCAUCGGGGUGGGACUUGAAGACAGCACGGCCCUUGGAUGAUCUCUCGAAACUCCGACCGGGCCAUCUCCCGCCCUGGCGGGGUCUUGGUCGGGGUGGUAUCGUCGAAGAGAGGUGCGAUGCCAGUGGCACCUGUUCGCAAGACGGACAGACCUUCAAGGGCAUUUUCUUUCAUCACUUGACCGCGUUCUGCGAGGCCAUUGAGCCCCCAGGUUUCGAUACAGACUCGGACAUAACUGUCGAUCAAUCUGCCUAUCGGCAGAUCAGGACCGCACACGAGACGGCUUGCUUUGCUUAUUCUUCCUGGGUUCAGCACAACGCGAAAGCCGCGCUCAUGACGAGGGAUGAAAAGGGUCGUUUCGGUAUGUGGUGGGGGGCCCAUCUCUUCGGAAACGCGAGUCCCACUAUGAAAACCGACGGCGUCCCGCGUGGCCGUCCGCAUGCCGCCGAUUAUCGCAACUACGGCAUCCCCCACGAUCCCCUCUGGCAUGACGGUAACCCGGACGAGAUAUGGCGGCCAAACGGGAAGGCUCAAAAGACUACAGAGCCGGGUUUGGUCAUCACGGGAACGGAGGAGGCAGGCCAGCAGCAGGUGUUGCUGGGAUCGAGGAACGACGAGCAUGGGCGGCCGGUGCCUGACUUGCCCGGCAGCCAUCAACAAGGGGCGAGCCCUCAUUGGGACCCGAACACUCGGGGCCGUGGGAGAACGGCCGAGACCCAAAAUGGCGGCGCGGCGCUCAUGAGAGCUUGGUGGGAGUUAUAUGCCGGAUCGCGUCACUUGCAUCCGCAGAAAACGCGGUAACACCCAUCUGGAUAGUCUAAGCCAGGCAUUUUCGGUCCGUGAAUAGUUUCACGUUUUAUGCCUUUCCGAUGAUCAAAUCCUCGUGUGCGGAUUUACCUCCGGCGCGCGAAUAACUCGACGUUGCCCCGUGUAGCGAGUUGAGUAAGAACUUAUCGGAUUCCAGCCACUCGAACUGCGCUCUAGCGCCGUAAGAACAUAGCAGCCUUCGUUUCGCGUCUGAAGGUUCCCGCUCUCCUGGACCUCGCGUUUCUUUCUUCUGGUUUUGCAUCGUCAAGUUACUAGAGCAUCGGCCGCGUAUAUUCGGGCUCACCCGUAUUUCGUUACCAAGUAGUAGAUUGAUGAAUAC